AUGUCAAAUUUGAAUACAGCUCCCCAAGAUAAUCAAUCCGCGGCCGUGGUGAGGCGAAAGAAAACCCACCCAGAUUCUAAUGCAGAAGUGGUGGCGUUGUCGCCAAGAACUCUAUUCGCGACUAAUCAAUACGUCUGCGAGAUCUGCAACAAAGCUUUUCAGAGAGAUCAGAAUCUACAGCUGCAUAAAAGAGCUCACAAUCUUCCGGCCAGAUUGGAGAGGAGAGAGACAGCGGCGGCACAGGCGCCGAAGAAGGUGUACAUUUGCCCGGAGACUAGCUGUGUGCACCACAAUCCGGCAAGGGCGCUGGGGGACUUGACCGGGAUCAGGAAACAUUACCGGCGGAAGCACUGCGAGAAGAGGUGGAACUGCACCAAGUGCUCGAAGAAGUACGCCGUGGAGUCUGAUUGGAAAGCUCACAGCAAGAAGUGUGGGACAAAAGAGUACUACUGCGGCUGUGGAAGCCGGUUUGUAAGGAAAGAUAUUUACAACGCCCACAAGGUAUUUUGUGUGGUUCAAGAAGCUUCUUCUUCUACGCCAAUUGCCAAUGGCUCUCAGCACCACCCGAUCACAGCAAGAAGACCCCAGAUUAAACAGGAGCCACAAGAACUACAGUUUCCACCGAUCACGGCGCACCUUCAACAGGCCUCAUCAUCGUCUUAUUCGGGAGUCCUUCAGAAUUUCUCGAGGAAUCGUGACCAUAGCAACCUCCAGCCUACAUUGUUCCCAUUCCGGCCUCCCUCACUGCCAUUUCCGGCUGCCGGACAAUCAGGCACAAUGCCCAUGGGCAAUUACAAUCGAAUGGUCUCGAAUGUUUUUGGCCUGAAUAUUUCAUCCCCUUACUGUGAAAAUCGACGUGCAUCACUAGAGCUCGACAUGCUGUCGAGAAUGGAAAACAACAAUGGUUUUGGUGGCGGGAUCUCCGGUGGUGACAGUGGCGGCGGUGGAGGAGCAGAUGGCACUGGAGAGGAUAUGGUCACAAGGGACUUUCUGGGGUCGAUGUGA